UCACCUAGCUAUGUUCCUGCCAGAGGAGCUAGAUCAGCUCUUCUGUGGCAGUCAGGACAGCCAGUGGGACGAGCGGACCCUGCUCGAGGCCUUCCGGCCCGACCACGGCUACACGUCUGAGUCGCCGCCGUUCCUGUACCUGGUGCGCGUGCUGUCCCGCCUGGACAGCCAGCAGCGGCGCCACUUCCUCAGCUUCGCCACCGGCUCGCCGCGUCUGCCCGUCGGAGGGUUUCGCGCGCUGGCCCCGCCUCUGACCGUGGUCCGCAAGACGGUGGAGUCGGGCCGUCGGCCGGACGACUACCUCCCUUCGGUGAUGACGUGCGUCAACUACCUGAAGCUGCCCGAGUACAGCAGCGCCGAGGUGACGCGCCGGCGGCUGACCACCGCCAUCAAUCAGGGGCGGCUGAGCUUCCUGCUCUCCUAGCGGCCGCCCGUCGAACUCGUGCUUCUGCCAUUGGCCGCCUGCUUCGCACCGUCUGCUCACUGCCAGCGCAACGGACUUACCUCACAAGCAGAGUUUGUG